AUGAAAAGGGGGGAAAAAAGCGUGCAAGGGCCAGCAGAAAAGGAAGAAAAUUUAGGGGAAAAGUUGAGAAAAUUGAGUAAAAGAGGGGGGCACACCACCCCAGUGGUGCCCUAUUGGAGACUAAAACAAUUAGAAUUUCAACUCCAAAAACAGGCCGCUCCUCCACAUGCUGGUGGAGCUCAAGUGCAAGAUAGCACGUUUAAAAACACCGCUUUUACCCUUCCUUGUGUUUCUUCAAGAAAACUUGGUGCUACUUUUUGGGAAUUGCAGCACUACAAGCUGCCACUUUCUAAAAUGCACCAGGGUGUUAGUGUUCCACCGCCGCGCCUCCGCCGCCUCCACCACCAGCCUUACAAGGAUAAGGGUAGUCUUGAACCACCUGAUCCUUCACCUUGUUCACCUGACCAGCCAGGAAGCGCUGGCAGUGUGAGGAGGCAAGUUGCUGCAUCACUGAUGCAACAUCAUCGAUCAAUUGAAAGGACUCAUCGUGCUAUACAACCUGUUUCACCGGCAAGUUAUGGUAGUUCAAUGGAGAUCACACCUUAUAACCCUGCUGUUACCCCUACGAGCUCCAUAGACUUGAAGGGAAGGUUCGGGGAGACAAGUCAGAGUUUGAAAACAUCUACAGAACUGUUAAAAGUUUUGAAUCGUAUAUGGACCCUGGAAGAACAACACGUGUCCAAUAUGUCACUUGUCAGGGCAUUAAAAAAGGAGCUAGAUAAUGCUCGUUCCCGGAUUAAAGAGUUGGUCAGAGAGCAGCAAACUGAACGACUAGAAAUGGAUGAUUUGAUGAAGCAGAUUAAGGAGGAUACAAUCAUUAGAAAGAACAAGGAGCAGGAUCGAAUCAAUGCUGCUAUUCUUUCUCUGAGGGAGGAACUGGAAAAUGAACGGAAGUUGAGAAAGCGUUCCGAGAGUCUGCACAGAAAGUUAGCUCGGGAACUUUUUGAGGUGAAAACAACUCUUGCUAGCACUUCCAAAGAACUGGAGAAAGAAAAGAAAUCAAGUAAGUUAUUGGAAGAUCUAUGCGAUGAGUUUGCAUGGGGAAUAAGAGAUUAUGAACAAGAAUUGCAUGGAGUGAGACAAAAAUAUGACAAGGACUGGACCGAAAGAGCCGAUCAAGAUCGUUUAAUUCUUCACGUUUCUGAAUCAUGGCUUGAUGAACGGAUGCAGAUGAAGCUAGAACCUGACAGCGCUUUAGGGGAAAAGAAGUUAAUCGUGGAGAAAUUGAGCUCGGAAAUAGAGGCUUUUCUUCGGGCUAGAAGUGGUAACAAGACUAAUGGUAAUCUGGGUCAAAGGGAUCCCAAUAUCCGUAGAAAUUCUCUGGAAUCCAUUCCACUUAAUGCGGCUGUUAGCGCUCCUCGAGAUGAGGAUGAUGAAGAUGACUCUGCAGGUAGUGAUUCAAACUGUUUUGAGCUAGCAAAACCAAGUGAAUCUAAACUAAAAUCCCUAGAAAAUGAAUAUGAGGAAAACCAUUAUGAUGAAACGUUGAAGGAAAAGCCGGCAAAGACAAAAAUUGGGUCGUCUGAAAGGACAAAAGGUCUUAGUCCAUCCAGUUUGCAAGUGAAGUUUGAAGAACAGAUGGCUCGGGCCUUGUCAGACCAGGUUGAAGAUACUGAGCCAACCAAGAUCAGACAAGGCAAUCCUGUUGAAAUAAGCAUCUCGCAGAAGUCUGAAAAACGUGAGGCAGCAGAAGAGAAUAGUUCUAGGAGAAAGAAUAAAUAUGAAGGAGAAACUGAAUUGAAUUCAAACUACAUGAUUGACAAUUUAAUCAGAAAUCACUAUUUGUUGUCAGAAAGUGGGAAAUUGCAACCUGAUAAUGAUACUGGUCAGGCUUCCAUUUGGAGGAGUCAUGCUAGUCCGGUACGCCGAUGGACGGCAACACUACCAUCUCAUGAUCUUGGCAUUUCUGAGUCAUCUUUGAAAUUGCCUCCAGACUCCAAGGAGCACACUUUAAAAGCGAAGCUCCUUGAAGCAAGGACAAGGGCUCAACGAUCACGAUCACGCCUGAAAGCUUCAAUUAUUCCUUCUAGAGUUGUAUGA